UGCAAGUGCUUUUAGAGCUGGACGUACACAUGUUUAACGCUCCACUGUUUUACUGUAACGAAGACAUCUGGAAUUGUUUCAGUACUGGGGGAUGUGUCAAUAAGAUGGUUCCAAUGCAUGAUAAUCUAAAAAGAUGGGGCUGAUCCUCUCUAGGACUACGGAGACAACCGCACUGUGUGUGGGUCUCGGACUGUACGCCUGUAUGUACUUGUAUGUUAAGCUUAACAAGGGAAAAUGUCACAACAAGAAAAAUCUGGAAGGAAAAACGAUCAUCGUUACUGGCGCAAACUCAGGCAUUGGCUUUGAAACGGCCCUAGAUCUCGCCAAAAGAAACGGAAGGGUAAUUCUUGCAUGUCGAAAUUUGGAGAGAGGCGAGGCAGCUAGGAACAAAAUUGUCCAAUUGUCAGGGAAUACCGAUGUUGUAUGCAGACGGGUGGACCUUAGUGUAAUGUCAUCAAUUAGAAAGUUUGUUGACGUCAUCAAAGAAGAAGAAGGAAAUGUUGACAUUCUGAUCAACAAUGCAGGAGUUUUGACCUUUGAGAAGAUAUUCACGGAAGAGGGACUUGAAUUGACUUUCGCAACAAACCAUUUUGGCCCUUUUCUUCUGACAACUCUACUAUUAGAUUUGUUAAAGAGGUCUAGAGGUCGAGUCGUUAACGUGGGCUCCAGCGCCAGCGUGAUAGGAAAAGUUGACUGUGAUAAUUUGAGGGCGGAGAAAGAAUUCAGCCAGCUCCAGUACCACAGCUCAAAGACAGCAAACUUACUGUUUACCAAGGAGCUGGCCAGAAGGGAACCAGGCGAUGUGUUAGUUUGUUAUGUACAUCCGGGUGUCGUCAGGACAGACGCUUUUCGCAACAUGCCACUGCUAUUCAAAAUCCUUGCCUACACAGUGUUUAGAGUACUGACUAAAUCACCGGAAGAGGGCGCCCAGCCUGUCUUGUUUUGUGCCCUGGAUGACUCUGUCCAGACGGGGGGCUACUACAUCGACUGUGCUCAGUAUGAUCAUACCAUGUGGGUCCCCAAGUGUGUGUAUGACACAGGGCUAGCCAAAAAACUGUGGGAAACAACGGAACGAAUUCUGAGCGAAUGUGGAUAACGAAACACUAGACUAAAGUGUUUGCUCAUCGCGUAACAAUAAAUAUGUAAUAUAUUAUGUACAAGGAGAGGACAUUUUAAGUUUUUGGAACUUGUGUCCAAUCCUUUUGGCAUUAGUCAAUAAAAUAUGUUCAACACAACAAUAAAUAUUCAUUAC